AUGUGCAGCCUCGCGGAAAACAACAUCAGCAACGAAGUUCACGACAAGAUCGCAUAUCUUCAAUCGGCAUUCUCACAAACUGUAUAUUUAGAGAAUAAAUUUUUCGAUCGGCAAAUGAAUCACACUUUGGAAUCGAGAAUGAAUAAUGACGUUAACAGAGAUUUCACAAAUAUCAAUGAACAGACUCGAACUGCCAAAAGAAUCGAGAAUAUGUUCGGUUAUGAUCUAACUGGGAUGACCUUGAAAGGAAAUCCUACGAUUUUUAUGAUGAACGAUCUUUGGAAUAACGAAUUUGACAACUUCUAUCGAUUGAUGAAAUGUGAAAACUGUAUCAACGAUUCUCUAAUCUUUAUUAAUAAUUACUCGAAAAAUCAAUUCGAUAUGGAUCCAAGGAAUCAAUAUCAUUUUCCAACACGAACAAAAUCGCUCUUCGGCUGUGGUACGUUUCUUUAUAGUUUGAUCCAUGAAGAUCAUGGAGAAGCUUUAAAAGCGAUAAGUUUUGUUCCACGAAGUCCGAAGCCACCUAUAAGAGAACCUAAUAUGCCUGAAAAGCGUGAUAAGAAAGAUAAGGGAAAGGAAAAGAAAGAAAAGAAACCCGUAAUUCGUGCUCUAGAUCGUUACGUUAAAACGUCGAAACAUUUUCUUAAAAUAAAUAUCGGAGAGAGUACACAAUACGUAAGCAAUCUGGCUAUGGCACGUAGUCCAACGAUCUAUAAUUCGAAUAUGUCCAUUGGUAAAAGAUACGUGUCCUCGGGAACGAACAAGUUAUUCGAAGAUACGGCUACGUCGAAUCUUACGAACGUAUCAAACAAAACGGUAAAUAUCUUUCCGAAGUCUGAUAUACCUUCUGAUAAUUUAAUUUUAUCGUUCGAUAAGAAUUAUCAAGCAGCCGAUGGGAAAGUGAAUGAAAAGGAUAAAAACGAAACGGCGGAAGCAAUGGAAGAUACCGUAUUGAGCAACGACAGUGAAAUAUCCGCGUGGCAAACUUUGGUCGAUAAAUCGAAACCACCGCCCGAGAAAAAGAUCGAGCAAGAAUUGGUAGAGUUACAAUUGGAUAAGGUAUCCAUUCGUCCGGAACCACCUAUACCUAAAUUGGACGUAGAGAUGGUGAAACCUUUGAAUACUGAGAUAAGACACGAAGAUGAUUUUAUAGAAAUGAAUACUGAUCGCAAAUCAACGCGACCUAUGGAAAACACUCGAACUUUGGAAAACCAUAAAGUUGAGAACAGAAAGUAUCACACGGUGUCGAAUGCGAAAAAAAGAUUUUAUAGGAAAAAAGAUAAAUUUCAAGUAAUCCUGAUUAACAGAAACUUUAGCAAGUCUCGUUCUCCUUCGAACACGGAUCCUGAAAGUGCUCAACGAUCUAACACUCAAAACCAGCAACUUUCUAUAACUAAAGUGCAAUCCGAUCAGAACGCUUUUGCCAGAUCGUCCGCCAGGGAGUCGGAAAAUACUGACGAAGGUACUUCGAAUGAGAGCAAACGAUCCUCGUUAUCCACUGACUUUCAAUCGGGAAAUCGCAAACAUGACGAGGAAACGACUGUUAACUUCACUCAAACUUUUGAUGCGGUAGACGGCGAACGAGUGAUUUCUUUGAAUCACACGAAUCAGGGUGAUGCACGUUUGCCAACAUCGGUUACGAUUUCGUCACGGCCUAAACAAGAAUUGAACGAUAAUCGAUUGGAGAAUGAUAUUAUGAAUAGCAAAGACAGUCACGAGUAUUCUUACUCGAAUAUGAACUUGGCGACUCACGAUGAGUAUCCCUAUACCUGUUUCGAUGAAUCUUGUAUAGAUGAAAAUAAAUACGUUGAUUCUAAAAAUGAAUUAGAUCAAAAUGAUAAUCACGGUUCGAUUGAAAAACAAAUGACAGAAAUUUUAACGAAGGAAAAUGAAGAAAGCAAAAAAAUUGAAAUGAUAACCAAUACGAACGAUGACUUUGUUCGUAUACCGGGUGAUCCUUAUCCAUAUAGUCGAGAACACUUCAAGAAAUGGCGAUUACCACGUAAGAAGACGUUUGAGGAUACAAUUUUAAAGACGUUGCAAAAUAAAUCAGAUUUAAAGAAGAUAUCGGAUAACAUUGAACCUCAUUCGUCGCAAAUUCUUGGUUCAUCUAGUGUAGGAAAUUUAGAGGACUCUAAGAAUUCCUCUAUACAGAAGGAAAAGCAACCGAUCAGAGAGAUGUCCCAUGAUUCCCAUAUUCAUGACAAGUCGUAUCACGUUAUGUUGACUGAUAAUGUUGAAAAUGAAAAUCGUUCGAAGAAAUUAAAGAAAAAUCGUCAUUCCAUAAAAUCUAACAAUAGGAAGUUCUAUGUUUCCUCUUUCGAUCAACAAAUAGUUCCUGAAUGUCUUCGACGUGGCGUUAACAAUCAAGAUUCAAUGAAUAAAAUUGACCUGGGAAAGUUAAUGGAACAAGUUUCUGGAAAUGAAAAAUUAAUGAAAGAUGAUGUGUCUCGCCGAGAGUAUCAUCGUUGGAUUCGUUCCGGCUUCCGAGUCUCAGAAUCAGAAGGAGCAGGCGGAAGAGCAUGAUACGUCCAAAAGUAAAAACACCAACGAUCAACAUUCAUCACAAGCAAAUGAAAAGAACAAUCAAUUCGUCGUGGUAAAGGACAUUCUCAGUACUCCGCAAAAUAAUAAACACCUGCUCGAGGAAAGGAUUCAUCCGGACAUUAAUCAAUCACAAAUAGUUUUCGAAAAAGCAGAAACCGAAAAGAAAGGUGUUCCAAAGAAUAAGAUUAGCAAAUUGAUAGAGGGACACAAAUUUACGACGGCUACCUCUGUGAAGAAAGAAAAAGAGCUAGAGACUGUCACCCGAAUUGAAAAUGCAUCAUGUGAUUAUCCGAUUAACGUUUACGCGUAAAUUAUUGUUCGUUAUCUUCUUUUUUCAAUUUCCUUACGAAAAACUUUUUGAUAAAUAGAAUACCUGUAAAUUAAGGAUUACUAUAUUAAUCGAUGUACUAUUA